CUUUUACAUCCUUGUAUGUAAAACAUGAUGCAUUCCAGUAAGAAACCCUUUUGUUGUGAGACCUUUGGUAAAACCUUUACAGUGCGAAGUCAUCUACCAAAACUUAACAGGAGACACACUGCUGAGAAACUCUUUGUUUGCGAGAAAUGCGGUGAAGCCUUUGCAUUCAAAGGUGAACUAUGCAUCCAUGUCAGGGUACAUACUGGUGAGAAACCAUUUGUUUGUGAGACCUGUGGUAAAGCAUUCCCAACGAAAAGUGAUUUAUGCACACAUGUAAGUGUUCACACUGGUGCGAAACCAUUUGUUUGUAAGACCUGUGGUAAAGCCUUUAAACAAAAAUGCAAUUUAUGCAAACAUGACAGGGUGCACACUGGUGAAAAACCAUUUGUUUGUGAGAAAUGUGGUGAAGCCUUUACUUACAAAAAAGUCUACGCACACGUGACAGGGUGCAUACAGGUGAAAAACCAUUUGAUUAGUUAUACAAAAUUAACACAAAAAUGCAAUAAGAUACGAUCCCCAUUUAAAUUAAGAAAUGCAGUCUACGCGUGCAUGACAAGGUGCACACUGGUGAGAAACCAUUUUGUUUGUGAGACCUGUGGUGAAGCAUUUACACAGAAAGGCCAUUUACGCCAACAUGACAGGGUGCACACUGGUGAGAAACCAUUUAUUUGUGAAACCUGUGGUAAAGCUUUUACAUGUCAUAGUUAUCUACGCAUACAUGACAGGGUGCACACUGGUGAGAAACCAUUUGUUUGUGAGACCUGUGGUAAAGCUUUUACAGAGAAGGGUAGUUUACGCAUACAUGACAGGGUUCACAGGGGUGAGAAACCAUUUGUUUGUGAGAAAUGUGGUAAAGCCUUUAUUUACAAACAAAGUCUAUGCACACAUGACAGGGUGCACACAGGUGCAAAACCAUUUGAUCAAUAAUACGAAAUUAACACAAUAAUGUAAUAAGAUAUGAUCCCCAUUUAAAUUAAAGAAAACCUCAAAAAGUGUUUAUUGAUAAAAUACGAUUGAUAUUAAAAAGCCAGUAUACUUUUGUUAUAAUCUCGAUACAUGUUUAGUUAUCGAGUUGGCACUGAGGAAUAAAGUUUGAUGCGUCAUCAUUCCAUAAAAAGAUCAUAUAAUCAUCAAUUCCAGAUUGACAACGACAAUAUACACAAUAUACAACGUGUGUAUAUAUAUAUAUUCAAUUAUGAACUUGUAAAUAUAUGAUUCAUGUUACCUAAUAAGAACUUGUACAUUGAUUUGAUAUUCAAAAAAAUGCAUGAACUCCUUGAAUUCCAUUUAAAGAUUACCCCCUCGAGUUGCAUUAAAAGAUUUGUAAAAACUGAACUCCUUGAAUUACGUAAUACGUUGUGGAUGGCUUCUGACGCUACUGCUUUAAACAUUUUCAGAUGGAAAUUACAAAGUGUAGUUGUGCGGACUUUGUGUUUUACGUGCAUGAUCCAAUAAGCACGCAGUUGCACACUAUUAUCUUGGUAAUGGAAUCAUUUGGAACUUCUUGAAAAGUGCCGUCUACUAUGUGCAGAGUCUGUUACUGCGUGUGUGGUCCACCCUGGGAAAAAAAUGCAACAAAAACAACAAUACAUGUAGAAUUUUACUUUUGUUUUAUGAUUUCUUUGGAAUUCUUUUGUAAAGUUCUUGAUUUGAUUAAUUCAGUAUUUGAUAUUUCAAUAUCUUAAUUGUUUUAUAUA